CAGCGAAUAAUUUUAAUUAUAACAAAGUCGUUUCGGCUUCCUCUCCAAUAUGGCCGUAGCCGAUGGUCUCGAAAGGAAACUUUUACUAUUUGCCGUGUUAAGUCGCUGUGUGUUAAUAGUUCUGCAGAUCAUUUUUAAUAAUCUUAUUCCUGACCAUGAUGCUGAUGUAUUCAAUCCCCCCACAAAAGUGGAUUCAUCUCAUCCAAAUGGAGCUCUUGACUAUGUUGUAGAAACUACGCUUUGUGGACUUAAUCGUUGGGAUGCUAUUUAUUUCAUUCACAUUGCAGAGCAUGGAUACAUCUAUCAAAACAGUCUAGCCUUUUUCCCUUUGUUUCCAUUUCUUGUCAAACUCAUUGCAAACACAUUUUGUUAUAUUCUACAAUUUGUUUUGAUUUAUAGAAAUGUAAUACUUGUAUCAGCUGUUAUUUGCAAUGUGACAUUCUUUGCAUUAUCUGUGAUAUUGUUAUUUAGACUUGGUAGAAAUGUUUUGGAUAAUUGUUACACUGCAUAUAAAGCUUGUCUCCUUUUUUGUAUAAAUCCUGCAAGUAUUUUUAUGGUAGCAUCUUACUCAGAAACUUUGUAUUUUUUCUGUGUAGUGUAUGGGCUCUAUUAUUUAGAAAGCAGUAGAAAGAUGCUAACAGUGUUCAUGUUUGCAUUAAGCUCACUAGCAAGAUCUAAUGGAUUGCUUAAUAUUGGAUUUAUAUUAUAUGAUAGUUUUACAUUCUUGGGAAUGACUUUAAGAAGCUUCUUCUCUGGUAUUUCAAUCACAAAAAUGAAAACAAAAAUGUUGGCAUUUAGAAUUUUUACAUUCUUUAAUAUUAUGUUAGCUCAGUUAACUUACUUAUUCAUAUCAGUAGUUUUGUUCUUAGUGCCAUUUAUCCUGUAUCAAAUCUAUUAUGUGAAUGAAAUAUUUUGUAAAAUUGACACAAGCACUCUCUCUGCAAUUCCAGAUUAUUUAGUGACCUAUGGACUAAAUAGAGGUUAUCAUAUUAUUGGUGACAGUAUACCACCUUGGUGUAAUCUAACCAUCCCUCUGUCGUACAGUUAUAUACAGAGUUCUCAUUGGGGAGUAGGAUUCAUGAAAUAUUAUGAGCUCAAACAAAUUCCCAACUUCCUUCUGGCAGUGCCAGUGACAGUGCUGAGUGUGGGUUGUAUGUGGUGCUAUUUCAAGUGGAACCGAAGGACAUGUUUGACACUGGGAAUGGAGUCUGAUAUAACAGCAAUCAAGAAAAAUGAUGGAGAGAGAAGGUGUUUGUGGAACAAUCCCAGACUUCUUCCAUAUGUUGUGCAUAUUCUGAUGCUGACACUCUUUGGAUGGAUGUUCAUUCACAUACAGGUACUGACAAGAAUGCUGUUUUCCUCCUCACCCAUACUCAACUGGUUUGCUGCCUACUGCACCACAGAUGAAACAAAAACACAAGUUACCAUAAGAAACGAAUAUGAUGUUAUCAGACCAAGAGAGGACAUUUGCAAGGUGGAAAAUGAGGAGAACCUUCGACAUUCUCUGAAAAACAUUCUUACAGACCAGAUCGUAAAUUUCAGCACACAAAGCUUUGUUUCUAAACUAAUUUUGUGUUAUUUCUUAUUUUAUUUUACUGUUGGUACAUUUAUGUUUUGUAAUUUUCUGCCAUGGACAUAGUAAAUUUAAAAUGAUAAUUAA